CCAUCAGAAGCUCACUUUGUCUUCUUGAGAGAGGCUGUACCACUCACAAGACUCAUUCAUGGCGGCCAGUCCCUCACUCGCCAACGACAACAAGUCGAAUGUCCAACGUACCAAGACAUCUCUGAGCCACCUGCCAUACGAAGUCAAGCAAUGUAUCGUUUAUUGGGUUGAUCGUUUCCAGAAAGAGCCCCACCGAUUCGGCUCUGAUAGUCUUCUAGAUCAAAUCGCUGGUGGCAUCAAUCACCCUGGAAAAACCGAAUCUCGUAAUAACCAUCCGCUUUUGGCUCCUCCUAGUGCUCAACUCACGAACCUUCUCAAUAUGCAUCGGUUCUUUCAUACUACUUCCACAACGAACAAUGAUAAUAAACCUUCGAUCAGGCCUCAAUGUAACUCUAUCCUCGCUCUGUGUCUGGUCGAUCGUAUGUUUUACGAUAUUUGUAGACCGCUUAUUUGGCAGACCCUAGAUCUGGAACAGUUUCAUUUGAGUAAAUUACGAUCGUUAAGAACGGGAGGGUUAACACGAAAUGCGGAAUACGUAAGAAAGAUGUCGUGGCGAAUAUCGGUACAUGAGCUGGAAGCCCUUUGGCCAGACCUUCGGGAGGAAUUGGGUGCAAACGAUGAAGCGAGAAAGGGACAAGAUUGGGACGAAAGCUCACGAUCAACUGAGAUUUUGGCAAUACUAGAGAUGUGCACGAAGGUUACGAGCCUGGAUCUCGAUUUACGACCUACCGAACUAGACAAACAAACCGGAGAAUUCACAAUCGAUGAGACUGAAACUACCUCCAAGUUCUUUUACCCCAUCUCCAGGCUCACUCAACUCACUUCGAUCGCCCUCACUACACCUUUGCUCGCCAAUAACUCCUUUACUGAACAGUUCUUAGUCAGGUUGAUCAGAGACAUGAGUGAGCUGCAAAGCUUCAAAUGUUAUGGCACCGACUCCGUUACGCCUGACUUGGAAGGAUUUAGUUGGCCCUUACCUUGUGGAUCUCCACUAGGGCUUCAUCUAUCCAAACUCACUUCUCUCAAAGAGCUUUACUUGCAACAAUCUGAUUGUUUCGAUUUCACUUGGAGUAAGAUCGAAUGGGCUGGCAAUCUAGAGAAGUUAACAUUCGAUGGAUGUACUCGAAAUCCCUUAAGAACGUUACAUGCAUUUUGUCAAAAAUUCUCUACAAGUUUACGUUACCUCAAGUUGGACUACCUCGAAUAUGAGAAAGAUGUUUAUACAACUUUAUUAGAACCCACACGAGACGGACCGCUCUCCGAAAUUAAGUCUGGGCAGUACAGAUUAGACUUACCUGAAUUAACUACGCUAUCUAUAACCACCGAAUUACCAAUCGAUUUAUUACUGAAUUUUCGUGAUUGCAAGAACAUCAAAUCGAUCGAAUUAGCCAUGAAUCCAUCAAUCUCAGCUGAACAGAUCCGAGAACUUCCUUGCUUUUGGCCUAAACUUGAAAAACUCAAGAUUACGAUCAACACGAAAUCAGAUCUCGCACGGUGUCAGAUAACGGCCUUGAAAAUGACCUACUGGGGCAAAGGCAUAGAACUUGAAAUCGAGGAUGAGGAUGAAGAGUACAAUAGUGCACGGUUUGGACAUGCUUAUGAGGAUGAUGGUUAUGAUAGUUAUGAUAGCUAUCAUGAUGAUGAUUCCGAUUAAUAUACGAUGAAUAACCAUUUGCUAUAUGAUACUGCUUCAUAAUCUGGUUCAGUGCUCCCAACUUCUAGUAAACGUCCUCCACUUAUAGCUCUCAAUGUUGGGGAUGUCCACCUCCACAAAAAUGUAAACUCAAAUUCACAUUACACAUUUUCAUGGUUUCUCUCCAGAGUGUUCAGAUUUUUUUUUUUUUUUUUUUUUUUAGCUGUGUUAUUCAUCCUUAAAUAUACGGUCACCUACCAGUUGUUUGUGGCUAGUUUGUUUUGAUUACAGAACCUCAACCCACCAGCUUGGAGUCAUCAUGAGACU